AGUCUUCACUCGACCUGUUAUUGGUUAAAAUGUCUAAUAUGAGUCUCCGCUCGCAGACUAAUCUCUACCGUAGCAGAAUAUUGUAAACAAAGACAUCGCAGAUGCCCUGACUACGCAGCUCGCAGCGCAGCUAAUCAGUGCACAUGCAGUGCCAGCGCGCGCGCGGUGUCGUUAAUGCUACUAGUACUCCGCUGCUCUAAAGUUAGAGGCCUACUACUACUACUCUUCUACUUUUUCUACUUCUGAAAAUCUGACACUUUUACCAUCAAUUAACUUUCGGCGAGUUAUCCUCGCCAAUGGAAACUAUUGAGAAGUGACAUAUAGACAGUUUUGAAUACAUAUGGAAGAAAUGGAGAGGAUACCAAAGCCUCGGCUGUCAGUUCAAUCUGAACAGCCAACUUCUACUGAAAACAUGUCUGUUCGACCGUCCAUACAAGUGUGCAUCAUCGGGGCAGGGCUGGCGGGGCUUAGUGCUGCUGAAGCGUUGAUAUUACGCAGCAAGGAAUGUGAUGGAGUUGACAUCGGAGUGACUGUUUUAGAAGCGAUGGAUCGACCCGGUGGACGCGCUGUUACACUUAAACUAGGUGAUAAGUUAGUAGAAGGUGGUGCCCAGUUUAUACAUGGAUGUGAGGGCAACCCUGUGUACCACCGCGCCAGACAACACAAGCUGAAACUCAGCAAUUACAACCCUCGCCAUUGCACCUACAACAUCAGCCAAGGUAAUGGCAAACGGGUCCCGGAGAGUAUCUUCUCCGAGGUUGCUGAGAUAUACGAUGCAAUCCUCCUCAAGACCCAGGCUGGGAUGUACCGAGAGGAGCGCAAGGGGUGCGGGGAUAAGACUGUGGGAGAAUUCAUGAAGCGUUACUUUGAGAAGUACUUCGCAAGGUCAGCCGGUAGCCCCCAGGAGAAGGAGAUCAAGGCGAAUGUCUUCAGGCUUCAGGUGAUCAACGAAUGUUGCUACAGCGCCUGUAACCACCUCAAUGAUCUCAUGCUGCAGGACUUUGGGGAGUACAAGGAGAUCCUGGGCAAUGUUACGUUUGCUGAUGGUUACAACCAGUUUGUGGAGACAUUUCUGAAGAAUAUCCCUACUGAGAGUUUGGUUUACAAUAAACCGGUGGAGCAGAUUACCUGGAGAAACGUCAGGAAUGAUGAACAUGAAGGAAAAUCAAUGACCAUUACCUGUAAAGAUGGAGACCAGUUUGAGGCAGACUAUGUAAUUGUCACCACCUCACUGGGGUACCUCAAGGAACACGCUGUCACCAUGUUUAAUCCCCCACUUCCAACCCCCAAGCUGGACCUGAUCUCCCGGAUGGGGUUUGGUACUGCAGGGAAGAUCUGGCUGGAAUACGAGACACCUUUCUGGUCAGAGAACUGGGGCGGGAUCUAUCUGGUGUGGGACGCCAAGCCCAGUGAUGUCAUGAUGGAUGAGUUCAAGGAGGAUGAAUGGUACAAGUACUUUUACACCAUUCAACGGAUUCCCGAUCGAUCCAAUCUCCUUAAGGUGUGGACAUUUGGUAAAUCUGCUGAAUACAUUGAGACUCUGGAUAAUGACAUCAUAGCAAAGACAUUAACAGAUGUUCUGCGGGAGUUUCUGAAAAACCCUACCAUACCACUCCCAGUCAACGUCUACAAGACAGGAUGGUUCAACAAUCCCUAUGUGAGGGGGGCGUACUCCUAUGUUGCAGCUGGAUCCAGUGGUGCUGAUAUCGAUGCUUUAGCUGAACCCGUGUGCAUUCCUGGGAAGAAUGGCCUUGAUCGGCCUGCUAUCUGUUUUGCUGGAGAGGCGACCCAUCGUACCUUCUACUCCACUACCCAUGGUGCAAUGCUGUCCGGGCAGCGCGAGGCAGGGCGUAUUAUCAGCGAUGUCAAGCUCUGCGCUUCAUCCAAGCCUGUGAUGUAUGAUAACGAUGAGAACAUACCUAAGAAAGUCUCCAUUGAUGUGAAUGAUAUGAUGGAAAACCUGGCUGCAUUUUGAAUGAUACCACAUCCUUGUCUUUCAGACCUUCGUACACAAAGCUUAGCAAUUGAUCACGCAGUUGGCUUUUAAGAUUGAUUGCAUAUGAUGAUCAAUGUAAUCAUUCGUAAGAUUAAGCCCUAUAAUUAAUACUAAGUUUUUGUGUCACAGGGUCUACAUGUAUAUAGAUAGAAAGGACAUGUAUACUAACUUUUUUUUUCAUUAACACAUUAACAGUAUUAAAGAUUAUAUUUGUUGAUUUUUUUUUGAAGAAUAUUCUUGAAAGAUAUAAGAUAUUAAUAUAUUUUAAAGAUAAAAUUAAUUUAAAAUAAAAUAACUAUAAUAUGUUGAACUCGAUUAGCCCCCCUCUAACUUGCAAUGUAGGCCUAGUAAAGAAAGCAAGAGGGUACAUACUUCUAUUUUCUUAUAAGGGAUUUUAAAAAAAUACCAAGAUGUUGCACAGUGAAUUUAAUAUAUCAUUUGCCCUUGAUAAUAAUUUUUAAACACAGACUAUCCUGUCAUUUAAGAAACUAAGUAUGAAAAUGAAAGUUGGUAAAAAUUUAUGUAUUUUCAACUACUGUGUGUAUUAAAAAAUGAAGAUAAAUACACACAAUAACUGAGGCUGUGCAACUUCCAUGUAACUGCCAACAAGAAAAUAUAUAGUUUUCAAUUUGUUUGUUUUAAUUCAUUCUGUUAUUGUUUUGUUUUCUUUGAAUUGCCUUAUAUGCCUUUCUUAACCAUUGAUAAUGCAGACUUUCAUUUUAGUUUCUUCAAUAUAUUGCUGGAUAUUUUUAAGCAUGUGCACAAUCUUAUGCCAUAGCAUGUCAUACAUGUAUGAAUAACCAAUACAUUAAAAAUACUGUAUCUGGGUUAAGUUUAAUAUUAUUUUUGUUUUUUAAUAGGGCGUUCACUCAAUGCCGUUUUAGAUCGCGGCUCACUAUGGUUUGCCCCGGAAAGUUUAUGCACUCAAAGCCCUUUAUUGAGAGUUUAGACAAUUAUUUUCAGUGGUGAUGACAACCCUUGGCAUUUAUAUCAUGCCAUAUUUCUGUUAAAAACAUUCAAAGGUGCUGGCUCAUCCAAUUUAUCUAAUUAAUUCACAUCUGCUUUAAUAAGUGAGUUUUGAGGGUUGAUUUGAAGAGUUCAGUGCUGUCAAUUUCAAUGGUUUACAACAAGACGUGUGUUGCUUUGUUAGGCAAGCACAAUUCAAAAGAAAUUAUUAUUAUAAAAUCACUGUAACCCUCUGAAAGUGACUUGGCCAAACUCUAUAUCAAAAGGCUCUGAUUUCAGGGGCAAAGUGCUGUGAUCUGCGAUCUUAACCAGUAAUGUAAGAUGUAAGAUCUCCACAUUAAUUAUGCAAGACUUUGCGUCCAAAUGGUGACCUGUUUUCUUGAGACCUAAUUAGAUCCCCUGUCUUCUUAAUUUCCCAUCAGCCAAGGAUGAAAUCAUUUUAGAUUAGAAAUUUUGCUGCUAGUAAGCAUCUUAAUGCAAACUUUGAUAUUUGUCAAAAUUUUAUAAUAUGAUGAUUGAAUUUGAAGAUGAUAAUGAUAAUAAUAAUGUGAAAGCCAAAUCCACUCUGUAGAGCACUCAAGUCGCAUGAGGAAUUAACAGUUGAAUAAAAAGUUUUUGAGAAAAAUGUUGCAAGACUCGAUAGAGACAUACAAUGUAAUAGGCUAUUAUUAGGGUUGUAUUUUAGGAAAUUCAGUUAUGUUAAACACACUGCAGAAAUUUUGUGAAUUUAGCUCAAGAAUCAGUUACUAGUUAUGCUUCAUACUUCAGGAAGCCCCACCCUCCAAUCGGUAAUCAUACAAUGUUUGUUUAAUCAUGCAGUGUUUGUUCAGUAUGUACAGUUGAGGCCAAAAGUUUACAUACACCCAUGGAAUUCAGUGAAAUUUGUUCGCUUGCCAAACAUCGUAAAUUCUUCAGAAAUAUAAAAACUACCAUGACAAAUUUGGUAUCAAAUAAAAUAGUGUACUAAGCUCUUUUGCAUGAUUGGGAUGCUAUUAGGAUUAAAGUAUAUUUCAGGUGGAAUUUUCUUUUUAAAAAAAGGUAAUAUUUGUGACAAAUGUAUUCUAUUGUUAUUAUAUUUUCAAACAUCGUUUCAUAGAAAUAUAUAAAUGUCAAAUCUAUGAUUUGUAUUACAUUUCCUAUCAUGAUAUGUCACCACUAAACAAAAAGUGUCAUCUGACAUGUUUGUGUUGAGAAGUAACCAGCACAAAUAUAAAAGGUUUUUGUCAAGUUUUUAUUUUGAAUUAUUCUAAAAUAUGAAGAUUUUUUGGGGAAAAAUGACACCUAAAUAUUUUUCAGCUCCUGAUGACGAAGCAAUGUGAUAAAGGGGGAAGACAUGCUCAUUUGUUUGAUAUCAAAUUCGUCAUGAUAGCACAAAUAUUUUAUAAGAUACAGUAAAUUUUAUGAUGUUUGGCAAGUGCACUUUGGCUUUUCUUUGAAUUUCCUGGAUGUAUGUAAACUUCUUGCCUCAACUAUACACAUGUACAUGUAUACACUGUACAUCUGCUUUGGCCUUGAUUUACAAAUUAAAGUAUAUAGUCUUACCCCCCCCCCCCCAAUACCCUGCCUUGUAGAAUAGUCUUUCGAAGUUUUGUUCACAGUAGUCUUGCAGAGUCUACUUUUAAGAGCACUUUUACGAGCAGUUAUUUUUUCAGCCUUAUAUUCUGUAGAAGAUAUUUCUUUGAAUUUUGUGAGGAUGUAUUGACUGCCUUUGAUGUCUUAUCUGAUCGAUCUGAUAAGAUAACCAUUUAGCGGUAAUAAGAUCAAAUCGCUUGCAUUCUAUUUGACCAAAUGACCAAAUCUUUUUGAUGAUAUGUUGUGAUUAUUCAUUUGCUGUUAAUAUGGCUAUUGUGUAUUCUAUGAUGAUAAGGUUCAAUAUUAAAUAUAUGUAUAAUCGGGUGAAUGGUUUUAUACAGAUGUAUUUUAUGACUUCUUACAGAUCCAUGAAUUCCUGCAUAACUCUGUCAAAUUGUAGGCAAACUCAUCCAAGUAUCAUUUCCCAAAGAAUAAAAGAAAGUUUUAAUUGCAAAUGACCUGUUAAAAGGAAAGGAGUUUCCUAUUAUGUCACUUAGUUUGUAGUGAAGGAAGAUCUACAGAUUUCUCAUUAUUUUGAUCACUUAUUCCUCCCCCCCUUCCUCGGUCAUGCACCCCCCCCCCACCCAGAUUUGCCGAAGUCAAAAUCUGCCCAAGACCAAAAGAUCAACAAAGAAUAAGAAGGCAGCGAAAAUAAACUCUGAAGAACAAACAUGAUCAGCGACAAGUGAAUUAAAUGAAAGCAUGCCCAAACAUGAUCAAAGAUAAUUAUUUUACCUCUUUCCUUGUAGUAGUUCAUCAUUUUAUCGCACAAACCACAAUCACCUUGACUGUAUGGUACUUGAUGUUGGAAGUUAAAAUCACCAGGAACGAUAAUUGUUCCUCUGCGUUUGUUAUCUCGUCACAUGAUUCGUUAGGCUUACGCAUGGAUUCUGUGUACAAUAGCAGGAAGGAUGUGGGAUGAUGUAAUGUAGAGGAGCGCAUUUAGAAACUACAUUAAUUAUGUGUUUGUCCUUGUCAAAAUGACUGUCAGUGCUUGUUAUGUACAAUAAUAAAUCAUGGAUGGUGA